AUGGCGCGUAGUAUAAUCCUCUUAGCUCUAAUAUUAGCCCUUACUUUUGCCGGCUGCUCUGCCCGGAGAUCAGUUUUAACAUAUGGUGGAGCAGCGGGUGGUGGGUAUGGUGGAGCUAGUGGUGGGGGUUCUGGCGGAGCGAGUGGUGGUGGGUAUGGUGGAGCUAGUGGUGGUGGUGGUGGUUAUGGAGGUGGAGGUGGAGAAGGAAUUGGGCAUGGUAUUGGCACAGGCAUAGGCUAUGGUGCAGGUGGUGGGUCUGGUUAUGGUGGUGGUGGAGCUGGGUCUGGGUAUGGUGCUGGUGGUGGUGGCGGCGAAGGUCACGGAGUGGGAGUUGGUGGAGGCGGAGUGGGGUAUGGUGCUGGUUCUGGUAGUGGUGGCGGCUAUGGAGUGGGAAGCAGCGGAGCUGGUGGUUAUGGUGCUGGUGGAGGUGGUGGUGCUGGCCAUGGUGAGGGCGGUGCUGGAGGAGGAUAUGGUGCUGGUAGUGGGUCUGGUUAUGGUGCUGGUCAUGGUGAGGGUGGUGAUGGAGGAGGAUAUGGUGCUGGUGGUGGGUCUGGUUAUGAUGCUGGAGGUGGUGGUGCUGGUGGGUCUGGAGCAGGAUAUGGUGCUGGUGGGGGUUCUGGUUAUGGUGCUGGUGCUGGUGCUGGUGGGUCUGGUGCUGGGUAUGGGUCUGGUGGAGGAGGUGGGUAUGGCGCUAGUGGUGGAGGUGCGGGUGGCUAUGCUUCUGGUGGCGGUGCAGAGGGUGGAGCUGGUCAUGGUGGUGGCAAUGGUGGAUACUAG